UUGGUCUUGGUGAAGUUACUUAGUUUUUAGCUUUUACUAACUUUCAGAUAUUACUUAAGAAGCCAAAAUGUCAAAAUGCUUCUAUGCCAACAUUAGGUGCUCGAUGGAAUUACAUGCUGUUCUCCUGUUAGGUUUUACGCCGACAAGGCUUUGAGGUUAGAAUUUUGACAGUUCGUGUCCACUGUUUACAUUGUUUCCACGCGUGUCUUUGUGAAAAUGUGUGUGCAUUUACGGUUUAGUGCACAUCUCUACUGCGAGUUUAAGUUAAUGUGAUUCAUGUUUAAAUAGAAUAACAAAAAUACAAUUAAUUGUUUUAAAAUUUAUAAUAACAAUUAUUUUCUUGUGAUGUGUAUCAACUAAAAGUUCUUCGACCUUUACAAAAACGAUACAAAUUGCCCUUGAUUAGCCCUGAAGGUUCACAUUCUUACUAAACUUAACCAAGUCCAUCGACAUUAUAUAACUUGCGUAAAAAUAUAAACUUGCUUAGUGCGGGUAAGCCAAAGUUGCUAGUAGAAGCAUUGGAAUCUUCCACUAACCAGUUUUUCAUUCAACUGCCAAGAUUGAAUUCAACUCCGCUGAGCGUGAGCGACUAUCGUUAGAAUGGAGGUGCCAUACCAGAAGACAUUCACCCAACUUUUCACGUCCAGCAGCCGAGACCAAUUCGAGAAGAAAAACGUGCUCCUUUUUGGUUAGAGCCAGCUUUGCGCAAUUCUUCGCGCCACCACGCCAAAGCCGUCUGGCAGGAAAAAGCCUUUAAAAGAAAGCCACACGGCCACGGUCUGGCCUAGUAGGUUCUUCAAAGUCGACUCAGCCAGAUCAAGUUGAGAAUGUUACGUGCUGUGUCGGUUGCGUUGUUAGUGGUUCUGUUGGAGACGCGUGGUUCGGAGAUCUUGAACGAUGCCCACAUCUACCGAUCGUUUGCGUCCGACGAAAUCGUGCCGGAAGUGGUCGACGAAGCCCCGGACUGUUGGCUGCGAGUGUCGUACAAAAGUGGCCGCGAGGCUGAAGGCGGGAACCGGUUGACUCCGACCCAGACCCGGAGCAUUCCGUCGAUUACGUUCAACGCCAAUGAUCGAUCGUUUUAUUCGCUAAUCAUGACCGAUCCGGAUGCGCCCAGUCGGGACGAUCCCAAGCACCGGGAGUUUGUACACUGGAUCGUCGGAAACAUCCAAGGCAAUGACCUGGAGCGAGCGGAUACCAUCGUGGAAUACUUCGGAGCGGCUCCGCCCAAGGGAACGGGGCUUCACCGGUUUGUGUUCCUGCUGUACGAGCAUUCGGAACGGUUGGACUUUGCCAACGAGCCGCGGCUGUCGAGAAAUUGCCGCAACCCGAGGAGAUACUUUUCCACGAAGAAUUUUGCUAGGAAAUACGGAUUGACGAAUCUGUGGGCCGGAAAUUACUUCCAGGCGUUGUACGACGACUACGUCCCCAUACUGCAGGGACAGCUAUCCGAAUGUACGCAAACAGAACUGACUGGUCCGAGGAAUGGAACCGCGUUCGGAGGUUGAGUGGAAACAAUUCCAACUAAUGUCGAAUAAAACAAAGUUUACC